CAAUUACAAUUAUACAUUUAAAGUUUGAGUUGAGUGCACCUUCUUCCAUCCCAUUUUAGCACAGGGGAAUUCAGUGCGGUUUCUUCAAUUUCAAUCCAACCUUCCGAGAAAAUCUCACGGAAACAAUAAGAAAUCCCUCAAUUUUGUGUUUUUGAUUUCCGAUUGAUUUUUGGAAUUCUUCGGAGGAAUUUUUUAAAGGAAAGGAAUUGAAAAGAUGUGGGUAUUUUAUUUGAUCUCGUUGCCAUUAACCCUAGGUAUGGUGAUCUUCACUCUUAAAUACUUCGCCGGACCAGACGUGCCGCGUUACGUGUUUUUUACGGUGGGGUACACUUGGUUUUGCUCGAUUUCGAUCAUCAUUCUCGUCCCGGCGGAUAUUUGGACGACUAUAAUUGGUAUUGAAAAUGGAGGCAUCUCAUUCUUUUGGAAUUGGUCAUAUUGGAGUACGUUUCUGCUCACAUGGCUUGCCGUGCCCCUCCUACAGGGUUAUGAAGAUGCUGGGGACUUUACUAUGACGGAAAAGUUGAAGACUAGCAUACAUGUAAACUUAAUCUUCUAUUCAAUUGUGGGGUCCAUUGGUCUGUUCGGACUUAUUCUCCUCAUCACUUUGCACAAAAAUUGGAUUGGUGGUAGAGGUGUAUCGGGUUGGGCAAUGGCUUGCUCAAAUACAUUUGGACUUGUGACUGGUGCAUUUCUUCUUGGUUUUGGUUUGAGUGAGAUUCCAAAAAGUAUUUGGAGAAAUGCUGACUGGACCAAUCGUCACAAGGUUCUCUCACACAAGAUAGCCAAAAUAGCUCUGAAACUUGAUGAUGCUCACAAAGAGUUAUCAAAUGCAAUUGUGGUUGCUCAGGCUACAUCAAAACAGAUGUCCAAGCGCGAUCCAUUGAGACCUUAUAUGGAUGUCAUUGACAAUAUGUUAGUGCAAAUGUUCAAAGAAGAUCCUUCCUUCAAGCCACAAGGGGGUCGCUUGGGAGAAAACGACAUGGACUACGAUACAGAUGAGAAAUCAAUGGCAACACUAAGGCGCCAUCUUAGGCGGGCCCGAGAAGAGUAUUAUCGAUGCAAAAGUGAGUACCUGACUUAUGUCACAGAGGCUCUUGAGUUGGAAGAUACAAUAAGGAAUUAUGAAAGGCGCACUAUGACUGGAUGGAAGUUUGUCUCAAGCUUUAGACCUGAACGGACUGGUACAUUGGGGCCCUUUCUCGACAUGGCAGAAUUAUUAUGGCGCUGUAUAUUGCAGAAGCAAGUGGAAAAAAUCUUUGCUGUUGUUCUUGGUUGCAUGUCAGCCGCUAUACUCCUGGCUGAGGCUACUUUGCUAACUAGUGGAGUUGAUUUAUCAUUAUUUUCCAUCCUCGUAAAAUCUGUAGGACAUGAAGAGGUUCUGGUGCAGGUCUUUGCGUUUGUUCCUCUGAUGUUCAUGUGUAUUUGCACAUAUUACUCUCUGUUCAAAGUUGGAAGGCUGAUGUUUUAUUCAUUCACACCUGGACAGACAAGUGCUGUCAGCUUGCUAAUGAUAUGCUCGAUGGUUGCUCGUUAUGCGCCUCCAAUUUCGUAUAAUUUUCUUAAUCUCAUUAGUCUUGGUGGGGGCAAGGAAACUAUUUUUGAGAAGCGCAUGGGAAAGAUUGAUGAUGCUGUACCCUUCUUUGGGAAUGAAUUUAACAAAAUUUAUCCCCUUAUCAUGGUUGUCUACACUAUCCUAGUGGCAUGCAACUUCUUUGAUAGGAUCAUUAGUUUCUUUGGAAACUGGAAGAUAUUUAGGCUUCAGAAGGAAGCAGAUGAUGUGGAUGGGUUCGAUCCAUCUGGACUGCUUAUACUGCAGAAAGAAAGAACCUGGCUUGAACAAGGAAGAAAAGUUGGUGAACAUGUUAUUCCAUUGGCUAGAAAUUUCAAUGGCAUGGAUAUAGAAUCCGGAAACAGUACAGAUGGUAAUACAGUUGAAAUGAAGAUGCCAUCUGACUCGAGCAAGGAAGAUAGGAAGGGAAGUUCAUCAAAGCCUACAAAAGACGAUGGAGGAAGGUACUCGGGGAGCAAAGAAGCCAUAAGCAGCAAAUAUGCUGCAAUAAGAGAACAAAGUAAACCGGCAACCAAUACGAGGCCAGUCGAGAGUGUAUCCUCUGCUAAAGUCUCUUUGCUUGAUCCUAGCAACUCCCAGUCUAGUAACAGCGGUGUCCCAUCUGGUUUAGCUUCAAAAUGGGCGUCAAUGAAACAAGGUUUUCAAACUUUCAAAGCCAGCAUCGAUGCAAAGAAGUUUAUACCUUUGCGUCAAGUUCAAGAAACCAGACGGUUAUCUCGUGCUUCAUCCUCUGAAUCUCUAGACGAGAUAUUUCAGAGAUUGAAAAGACCCGCGGAUGAUCAUGGCCGUGGUAGUAGUGAUGACGACGAUGACGACCUUGAAAUCAAAGUUUCAGGUCGGAGCAGGUAACAUUGGCAAACAUCUUUGAGUAGAUUGAUUGAUAUACUUGUCAUUGUUGUAAAGAUACGAAAUGCAAGCAAAGCCAACAAAAUGUACAGAUACUUUAAAGGAGACGGUGGUAGCCGGUUUUUAACCCAUUUUUGACCAGUUUUCUGAUGUAAAUGGGGCAUCACAUCAGGGAGGAGGGUUGGGUCGAUAUUGGACAAGAAAUGGUCACCAACAAGGGAUGAACAUUCUUGAAAUAUUGUACCAAAUCCGACAAAAACAGACCAUCUUCCACUAAAACAAAUUGUUGUAUGAUAGAUUUUUCUGUCUUAUCAUAUCAGGCUGUCAAUGCCUUAAGA